AUGGCGAAAGAUGAUGGUAUUCUGUAUCUUGGGACAUGUGGACCAAUAUAUGUGGAAAAUCAAACCAACAUUCAAUAUUCUGCCGACGGUUUAUUUCAAUUCUGUCGUGGCAUACAUUAUUGUACGCAUGCAAUAGCUUACACUAAAUGGCGAUCAAGAACAAUAUGGGGUGAAUUCGCCUCAUAUACGUUCUCGCAAAACAUAGCCGGUAUUGAUUUAAUAGCUCGUGAAUGGCAGCGUCGCUCGAAAACUUUUCCACGAUGUGCCGCUGCUAAUAUACAAUGGCCAAAUGGCGAAGGUCAUUACGGAUUAUUCUUCCAAGAUAGACGCGCAUUUUGGUCAACAAUGGGAUAA